UUUGUUUUAUCAGAAACAAUAAUUAAAUGUUACUUUUUAUUUGCGAUAAGUAUACGAUUGCUAUACAGUUAUCUCUCAAAAUUAAUCAGUUCAAAUAAAAAACAUCUAUAUGAGGAUCUGUAAUAAACAUUACUAUUUUUUUGUAUACUUGCCAGUAAGAUGAUUAGACAUGGAAUAAGAAGUUUAAAGCAAGUGGCGCCUAGCAUUAGGUCUAUGUCCAGUCAAGCAAACCUAACAAGCUUGAACGCUGACAAUGACGGUGUUGCUGUUCUAACGCUACAAAGACCCCCUGUUAACAGUCUCAAUCUGGAUUUACUGCAAGAAAUAAGUAAAUCGCUGGAUGAAGUAAGCAAAAAUAAAUUCAGAGCAUUGAUUCUGACUUCUGCGUCACCCACAGUAUUUUCAGCUGGUCUAGAUAUUAUGGAGAUGUAUAAACCUGAUAUGAAGAGAGCCGAACUCUUCUGGACAACAUUGCAAGAGGUGUGGUUGAAACUGUUUGAAUCCAGCUGUAUAACAGCUGCUGCAGUUAAUGGUCAUGCGCCAGCCGGUGGAUGUUUAUUAGCAACAUCGUGCGAAUACCGCGCCAUGGUGAGCGGUAAAUACACGAUAGGGCUAAACGAAACGGCCGUGGGUAUUAUUGCACCAACCUGGUUUAUGGGUACAAUUUGUAAUAUUGUGUCUACGAGACAAGCUGAAAUGGCGCUUACUACGGGCAAAUUAUUCACUGUUGAUGAGGCCUUAAAGGUCGGUAUAAUCGAUGAUGUUGCAACUGAUAAAGAAGACGCGAUAAAUAAAUGCAAAGAAUUUAUAAAGAAGUUCGACAAAAUUCCGUUAUUAGCGAGAGCGAUUACAAAACAAAGAUUCAGAGCUAGUACAACCCAGUGGUUAAAGGAUAAUAGGAAAGCAGAUGUCGCAGAAUUUAUAGGUUUCCUUAGUAAUCCUGAAAUACAGCAAUCGUUGGAAAUUUACAUCCAGUCCUUAAAAAAGAGAGCUAAAUAAAUCUUACUUU